AUGCCAUCCCGCUGUAUCAGCGGCCGCGAGCGGAGCCGCCGCGCGCGCCGCCGCCGCAGGGAGGCGGCGGCGGCGGCGCCAUUGGCAGCGGCGGCGGCGGCGGAGGGGGAGGCCAGGGACUGGGCCGACGGCCUGGGGACGGACCUGCUGCUGGCCAUCCUCGGACGGGUGGACCACGCCGACAUCCUGAUGUCCGGUGACCGCGUGUGCCGGAGCUGGCGCCGCGCCGCGCGGGACGAGCCCACGCUGUGGCGGCGCGUCGUCAUGCGCGGCGGCGGCGGCAGCGCCGGGAUCGCGCGCAGGCUCAACCGCUGCGGCGCCGCCUGCGAGGCCGUGCGGCGCGGCGCGCGGCGGUGCGAGGCCUUCUGCGUGCAGUACGCCGCCGAUGACGGCUUCCUCAUCUACCUCAGCGAGAUGUGAGAUCAUUGGCAAUGCAACUUAUUAUUUGAUCCUGU